GUUAGCUAACGUUAGAUGUGUCAAUAUUCCAUAUUUGUCAGUGGCAUUAGUUAGUUAGCUAGUAGCUAUUUGUGUCUUUAAAAAAAAAUAAAAAAAUUUCUAAACACGAGUAAAGCAUAGCAUACCUAGCUAGCUAACUUUGAUGAAAUGAACUUAUCGAGUUGGUUAGCUGUCUAGAUAGUUAGCUAACUAGCUACGGGAAUGCCAGCUAUCUAAUAAUUACACAUUUGGCAAUUGGGAAAUAAAAUGCAGACCUCAGAGGACCCCUAUGACAGAUUAAUUCUGCAACACUUGAAGCAGUAUGGACUUUUUACUGGCCAGAGUUCAUUAUCUCUUCAGACAAAUGUCUCAGCCUGUAAAACACUGGAGGGCAUCCGUGACUCUGUAAAUGUAGAUGUCAUCCAUUUACCUGCUACCAGCACAGACAUGGAGGAGGAGGAGGAGGAGGAACCAGAACUACAUCAGGGAAAAUUCUCUUUUAAUGUGGAGAAAUAUCUCAGGACCAGGCAGCUGCUAAUCGACUUUGAAGGUGGACGGCCUAUCCCACGCCUAAGGGAACCACUGGACCUGUUUUCUAUCCCCUCCAUUGCCUGUCCUUUCCAGGGUGUUCGCUGGCCUGUUGAAUGUGAAGUCAUCUGUGACAAAAUCCAUCACAUGGAAUGGGAACCUCCUGAACCAGAGCCUUUUUACCAACAGACAGGCUAUGAGCGAACCCCUGUGCCAGUGGGAGAAGAGAAAGGAAAUAUUGUCUACUGUAUAGAUUCAGCCACAAAAACCUCCUACUACACACGUUCUCGUGUUGGUGGCAGCAGAGGGCAUUUAAAGAGUGCCACAUUUUGUGCUAGAAGCCAAGACAUGCCCACCCUGUCUUUUGAGUCCCGCUUUGAGAGUGGUAAUCUUCAAAAAGCAGUUCAAGUGGGCCUUUAUGACUAUGAGCUCACCCUGCGCAAUGACAUGUACACCACAAAGCAUACACAGUGGUUCUACUUCCGUGUGUCGAACAUGAAGGCAGGUGUCACCUAUCGUUUCACUAUCAUCAAUCUGAUGAAGUCUAGCAGCCUGUAUGAUGCAGGCAUGCGUCCACUGCUGUACUCUGAGUUUGCUGCCUGGAUGAAGGGAGAGGGAUGGCGACGUGCAGGCGCCAACAUUCGGUACUAUCGGAAUCACAGUGAAAUAGAGGGCAAGGCACUGUAUUCCCUUACCUGGACGCUUCAGUUCCCUUAUGAAAAUGACACCUGCUACUUGGCCCACUGCUAUCCGUAUACCUACUCAGACCUCCAGCGCUACUUGCAUGGUGUGAUGUCAGACCCAUCCCGGGCAGCUCAUUGUAAAGUGCGGGUACUCUGCCGCAGCCUGGCGGGAAACUCUGUAUAUGUACUGACUGUCACAGCACCCUGUGCCAACUGGCAAGAACGGAGAAACAAACGGGCAGUAGUAGUGACCGCACGGGUACAUCCAGGAGAGACAAAUGGGUCGUGGAUAAUGCAGGGCUUCUUGGAAUUCCUGCUAGGCGAGUCACCUGAUGCGAAUCUGCUGAGGGAAACCUUUAUUUUUAAGGUGGUGCCAAUGCUGAACCCUGAUGGUGUGGUGGUUGGGAACUAUCGUUGCUCACUGGCUGGACGUGAUUUGAACCGCAACUAUCGCUCUCUCCUGCGGGACUCUUUCCCCUGUGUUUGGUAUACUCGCAAUAUGGUGAAACGGUUGCUUGCUGAGAGAGAGGUGGUGCUCUAUUGCGACUUUCAUGGCCACAGCAGGAAAAACAAUGUGUUCAUGUAUGGCUGUAAUGAUCGAAAAGAUGCUUCACUACAUCUUCAGGAGCGCAUCUUCCCACUGAUGAUGAGCAAGAAUGCCACAGACAAGUUUUCUUUCAGGAGCUGUAAGUUCAGAAUCCAAAAAAGCAAAGAAGGCACUGGUCGUAUUGUGAUGUGGAGGCUGGGAAUUAGAAACAGCUAUACUAUGGAGUCCACCUUUGGAGGCUCAACUUUGGGGGAAAGAAAAGGAACUCAUUUUUCCAUUGGGGAUCUGAAGUCCAUGGGCUAUCACUUUUGUGACACCCUGCUGGACUUCUGUGACCCAGACCAAACCAAGGCUGCACAUUGUCUAACGGAGUUGGGGGCUUUGCUGAGGCAGGAGAUCAGGAAGAAGUUGGGUAGGGAAGUGGAGGACCUAGAGGGCCUUUCUGAUGUCAACAUUGAAUCAAGCACAAGUGGAUCAAAUAGCACAGAAUCAGAUGGCCUGCCUGUUCAUCUUUUAAACUGUACAGACCAGAAUAUCAAAGUUAAGAAAAAGCAUUUGCGGAGCAGAAAGGAAAGGAAUAGGCUACGGCAGCAGCAAGCACAGAAUGCAUCUUCCAAGAUCGUUCACAGAAGCAUCAAACACACAGAUCCUUUAUUGUCAAAUGAAGAUCUGCUGAAAGUGAGGAUCCAAGAGAAAACGGUGACUCCAGUGAAAGGCAUGAAGGACAAGACACAAAAUGAAGAGUUAGUGGUGAGGGUUCAUCAGGCUAGAAGGUCCUGGAUCCCACAUCCUACCACACGCAUUGGUGUCAUUGGCCACGAAAACCUUUGGGAGGAUAAGCCAGACAAGAAUGCAUAUUUUGAGGCUAUGAGUGCAGCCUAUCUCUGCAAUGGAGACUUCACAGAUUCCUUUCAACAGUCUGUCUCAGAAGAGAAUAGAGGGACGAUGUGUCAUUAUUCCUCAUGCCACUACCAGAGGCAAGUGCAGCACCAACCCCUGACUGUCUCUGCAGUCCGGCACAGAUUGUCCUCUGUGCCAGUCCAGCCCUUGCUCUUCAACCCAGACUUCAGAGGACAGCCAAGAAUAAGAGGAAGGUACUCUGUGACAAAUAUCUCACUGCAUAGAGCUGUGGUAACAGAUCACGUACAGUAUCGAGUUGUUCCAGAAUCCAUUCCUGCUAGAGGCCUGGCGCCAUGCCACUCAGUACAUUUCAACCCUGUCCACUCUCUGAACCAGCAGAAGCUUGGGCAAAAACGAACAACCAACAUUUCAUUCAAAUACUACAUGCCUGAAAAACAGGACACCAUGGGCACUCUGAGAAUCAAUCAUAAGAGAAAUGCGAGAGUCUUAGCAGUUCCAAGAGCAGGAUUGGCAAAACCAGACACUGAGCAAUUAACUGAAGCAGAGAAACAAGAUGACAUCUUAUUUUUUCCUGAUCUGAGAAGCAUAAACACAAAUAGCAAAAGCCAUUACAGGCCCACAGGAGACCUGGCCGGACUAGGAAGUCUGCAGUUGGGGAAGUUACCCUGUAGAAGCACAGGGCAGCAGAUGUCAGGGGGAGAUGUCAGGGGGAGAUGCAGCUUCAUCAGUGAAGAUGCAGCUUCUUCACAGUGAAGGCAGGUAUAGUGUUUAAUGAAAACACUCUCCUUUGAAAUGCAUUUUUUAUUCUGAUGUCAUUCUUAUUUUGAUCUUAAAACCUCUGGUACAGUCCUGAAGAAAAACUUGCUUUUCAUGGGGAACCUGAUUUCUUCCUUUAUGCUGCCCUAAAGUGUUAUUUCUCUUUCUGUCUUCACAGACAGGGCCUAUGUUUUAUAGAGCUUGAUAACAUUCUAGUGAAAAGCACAAAUCUACUAAGUUGUGAAGAGGAUGAAUGAAAGAAGACCAGAAGUUUUUCAGGGUUUUUCAUUUCAGAGCACGGUCUGGAAAAACCAUAGUGACUAGGGAUGCAAGAGCUUCUUGCAGUAUUAUUUCUUAAUUGUACCUGCCAUGUAAAACCUCACAAUACCAAAGAAUAUAAUAUUAAGGUCAACCUCACAUGGUGAGGUAAUAUGUAAUUUAAGACCAUGUUCCUGAUUUGAAUUAGAUAUUUUGUUCAGCUAUGCAGACGGCCUUCAUAAUGU